CAUAAUUAAUCCUGAGUGACACUAUAAAAAGACAAUCCCUUUUGUCUGGACUGGCUUUACAGUUAACAACUGAGGGGGUCGAGGAAAGAACAGAGACAUGUCUCCAAAGAAGGCAAAAAAGAGGGCAGAAGGAGCAAGUUCUAAUGUAUUUUCCAUGUUUGAUCAAAGCCAAAUUCAGGAGUUUAAAGAGGCUUUUACUAUCAUGGACCAGAACAGAGAUGGCUUCAUUGAUAAAGGAGACCUGAGAGAUACAUUUGCUGCUCUGGGCCGAAUCAACGUAAAGAGUGAAGAGCUGGAUGACAUGGUCAAAGAAGCACCUGGACCCAUUAACUUCACAGUCUUUCUUACAAUGUUUGGAGAAAAAUUAAAAGGCACCGACCCAGAAGAAACUAUUCUGAAUGCUUUCAAGAUUUUUGACCCAGAUGCAAAAGGCCAUAUAAAAGCAGAUUAUAUCAGAGAAAUGCUAUCGACUCAAGCAGACAGAUUUAAUCAAGAAGAGAUCAGCCAGAUGUUUAAUGCCUUCCCUCCAGAUGUGGCUGGCAACCUCGAUUAUAAGAAUUUAUGUUACAUUAUCACCCACGGUGAGGAGAAAGAUCAGGAGUAAGAAGAUCCCUUGAUGGUUUGCGGAAGGUUCUAGAUUUGUUUUAACUUCACAAAUGAUAAAUAAAUCCUCACGUGUUGGAAUUUG